AUGGGGCUGCUGGCAGAGAGGCUGCUGAUCCGGCUCUUUCUCAUCCCACUUUCCGUCUGCCGGUGCUUUUGGUGGUGGUGGCACUGCCUCACCCUGACGAGGAUGGUGCUGGGGGACGCAGGGAACGGCCACAUCGAGUUCCACAUUCGCCAAGGCAUCCGAGUUUCAGAGGGCUCCAGUGCAGCCUCGUGGAGUUCCCGCCAGAGAGCUCCGAGGCCUUCACCAGCUGCCCCUCGUCACCGGCUGCUUGCUUCUAGAACCCUCCUGCGGACACAGCUGGCCUCUGGACCUGCUAUUCCAGAGACACUACUCUUGCUCCAGCCUCAGCACCACCUCACAGAGCAGCGGUCCCCAGCUGGGGAACAUCAGAACGCCCGGCAGGCGUGUGGAAACGCGGACGGCUGGACCACUCCCAGAGCUUCUGCGUCAGGGAGUCUGGGGUGGCGCCUGAGAAUUUAUAUUUCUGAUAACGGCCCCGGUGAUGAUGCUGACGCUGGUCCUGACGCUGAUGCUCAGGACCACACUGAAAAUCACUGCCGCGGGCGCUUCUCUCACUUCCACACGGUCCCCUCUCAAAUCCCAUGGACCCCUACCCGCUGCACCAAAAAUGGAAUGAAAAAUUCCGUCCAUUUUGCAGACACGGCUCGCCAGCUGUGGACGCUGCUGCUGUGGGGCUGCCGGCUGCGGGCCGCGGCACUGGCGGCGGCCCGGGGAGGACAACCAGUUCUGUGGCCUCGGAGGCCCCCAGCCCAGUCCUGGAGUCCCAGGCAAAGCCUGGCUUCAAGCUCCCACGAUGGACGGCCGUUCAGCUCCCAGGCUACUGAGGAGCGGAAGGAGGAGCCUCCGCACUCCCUCAGCGGCAGCUCGGAGACCGGGCAGGGUUCCGCUUCCAAACAUGAGCUCCAGGCUGAGACAAAGAAGCUUCUGCACAUCGUUGCCCGUUCCUUGUACUCAGAAAAAGAGGUGUUUAUACGGGAGCUGAUCUCUAACGCUAGCGACGCCUCGGUAAAGCUGCGUCAUAAGCUGGUGUCUGAAGGCCAGACGCUGCCAGAAAUGGAGAUUCACUUGCAGACUGACGCCGAGAAAGGCACCAUCACGAUCCAGGACACUGGCAUCGGGACGACACAGGAGGAGCUGGUGUCCAACCUGGGAACGAUUGCCAGGUCGGGGUGGAAGGCCUUUCUGGACGCGCCUCAGAGCCGCAGCAAGAUCAUCGGCCAGUUCGGAGUGGGUUUCUGCUCGGCCUUCAUGGUGGCUGACAGAGUCGAGGUCUAUUCUCGCUCGGUGGACGCGGGCAGCCCUGGGUACCAGUGGCUUUCAGAGGGCUCUGGGGUGUUUGAAAUCGCCGAAGCCUCAGGAGUAAGAACCGGGACCAAAAUCAUCAUCCACCUCACGGCAGACAGCAGAGAGUUCACCAGCGAAGCUCGGGUUGGAGAUGUGGUGACAAAGUACAGCAACGUUGUCAGCUUCCCCUUGUACCUGAACGGAAGGCGCAUUAAUACCCUGCAGGCCAUCUGGCUGAUGGACCCCAAGGAUGUGGGCGAGUCGCAGCACGAGGAAUUCUACCGCUACAUCGCUCAGGCCCAUGACAAGCCCACCCUGCACUACAAGACGGACGCACCUCUCAACAUCCGCAGCAUCUUCUACGCGCCAGAAUCGAAACCAACCAUGUCUGACGUGAGCCGGGAGCCGGGCUCCACUAUUUCGCUGUACAGCCGCCGGGUCCUCAUCCAGACCAAGAUGGGGGCCGCCCGGCACUUCCUGCGCAUGCGGCAGCUGGCCGAGCCCCCGGAGGAGCGCGAUCAGCUGCUGCAGCCCACGCUGGAGAUCCACCCCAGGCACACGCUCAUCAGGAAGCUCAAUCAGCUGAGAGACAGCGAGCCUGACCUGGCCCAGCUGCUGGUGGAUCAGAUCUACGAGAACGCCAUGAUCACAGCGGGGCUCGACGAUGACCCGGGACCCAUGGUGAGCCACCUGAACCACCUGAUUGUCAAGGCCCUGGACUGA